AUGGCCACUCCUUCGAGGCCGAACCCAGGCGCGACGCCCACUCAUUUGACCUCCUCCCCUCACCCUUCGGCCGUACCCAUAAGCCGCAGCCUAUCUCACAAGUCGCCUUCCAUCAGGACCCCUUCAGCCUCAGGCACAAUCCAUGGUCAUCAUCUCGGCACGUCCUCGCAUCAAGGUGCUACGCCCCUCACGGCGGCCGCAGGAUUGGAUGACCCGGUUUCGCUCAGCUCGCCCUCCGCUCUACUAGCUCUUAGUGGUUUCACAGGCAUGAGCCCGGCGUUGAAUGUUCAGGAUGGGCUGGUCGGCUCUGGCAUGAACGACAGCGACAUCCGCGCUCUUACUCUGGGCCUAGGAGGCUCACGCAACCACGAGGAAGAGCGGCGUAAGCGAAUUGAAGAAGUUGUACAGUUACUACGUGGUAGAGUUGCUGGCCGAGGGGUGAGCAGAGAAGCCGUGGAGAGAUUGGGCAGGUUGGAAGGGUUCGAGUCUAUAUGGCAAGAAGAUAGUUUGAGCAUCGCUGGAAACUCUGUUGACCUCGAAAUCGAGUUCUAUCCUGGAGAAGACAACGUCAAGGAGGUCAGUCUGAGUUACGCUUCUCUGGAAGGUGAGAGCGAGAGCGAAAGACGAGAUGAAGCUACAAAUGUUCUCAAAGGCGAUCUCAUACAGACACCGGAGGAACGCGAGAAGAGGGCCUGGAAGCCACUGAAAGGAUUUCAGAGUAAUCUCGAAAGACUCGCGAAGCUCGAUCAGUUGAGCCAGGAAAUCAAUUGUUUUGAGGCGGUGGAGAGUUUAUUUGACAGUCUACGGAAAGUAUGGGAGGCCGAAAAUCAGGGCGGGACAUAUCAAAAUGUCUACGACCACCUCUGUCGAGGGGCUAUUGGCAGACCGAGCUUACACAAAAGAGGUCGCGUCGGAAUGGGACUCGAGUACUGGGUUGAGGGCCACCGAAUUCUACAUGCAAAGCAGACGAAGAAGUCAGAGGACAGAAUGGCCAUCGAUACUGAUGAAGACAACGCAAACACACAAGACAAGCUACAAAGUGUCACGAUCGAAUGUGAAGAGGGCUUUCCGUCACUACGAAUCUCGAAAGAGUGGGUCGGGUCGGAAGUACUGUCAACAGUCGAAUCCAAUGAUACAUCAAAUUCCUCCGAAACGGUGGUGAAUUGGAUGGAGCCACCACCUACGCUGCAGCCACCUGUCAAUGAGCUUGACACUGGUAUGGUUGGCUCAGGGACGGUUAAUCGACGCUUCGUGGCGAAACUGGACCCCCAUAUUCAUGUUCCUCUUUUGAUAGCGAAUGACAUAUAUCGACACCUUGGGUUGGCAAUCCCCCAAGAAUACCGAACGACAACGUACGACGACCUAUUAGUCCCUGGUUGGACAAUUGGGAGUAUGGGUAGCAACGAUUCGAUGACUUCAGAGUCAUUGGAGAUGACCGAGAAACGACGGAGGACGGCCGUAUUGUCGUUCGAUGAAAAGAAUGAGCCUGUGCAGAAAAUUCAUAGUUAUUCUUUUCAAGCAUUUGAAGCUGCGCCGGGAAUGACUAUCCGUGAAUUGCCGUUCUCUCAUCCGCGGCAAUUAGCUGAUAUUUUUCCAAUAUUUCGACAAUAUAGCUUGUUGGUAACAUUGAUGCAGAAAGUCUUCCCGCAUAAAGAGACCGUGGGCCGUUCGGUUCACGAAUCAAAAGGAUCAUCAAAGACUUCGGACACAUUGUCAAUGUCUGGCAACUCAACGUCAGCAACCGAUCAAGUCAGCAUGCUAAGCAACGGAGAUGCAAAUGAAGAUCUUUUAAACAGCCUUUUGAGAGAUAGUACGGAUGGUACCAGCACGAUAUCGCUCCAUAAUGAUUCUCAGACCGGCGACGAAAGCGACAUCCGAGUCGACAUCACGCUAAGAACGCAAGUCGGACAGGCACCAUUGAUCAUAUUGUCGAUCACUUUACCAGAAACAAAACAAAAGGCAUCCGUCAGUUUCGAAAUCAGACUAAACGGGCGCGUGAAUGUUGUUCAAGUAUCUGGGUUGGCGGGGCUGGAAACGCAAAAUGACCAGUCAAUGGCAAAGAUCUACAAGAGGCUGAAUCGCGUCUUGGAGAUCUCCGAGGAUUUAAGUAUCUUGGUGGAAUAUGUGGUGAGCCAAUUACGAGGGAUGUCAUAA